AUGCCCGUGAAGCGCGUCGCAGUCAUCGGCGCCGGCCCCGCGGGCGCCAUUGCCGUCGACGCCCUGGCACAGGAGAAGGCUUUCGACGUGAUAAGGGUGUUUGAGCGGCGCGAAGGCCCAGGCGGCUGCUGGAUAGGGGACACCACGGCCCCGCCGCACCUGACGAACCUCGCAGCACUGGCGAGCCGCACAGGUGACCCGCCGGUGCCCAUACCGCAGACACUGCCGGCGCGGACGCCCAGGCCGGCCCAGCCGCGGUUCGCCGAGUCGUCCAUCUACCCGUACCUCGAGACCAACGUCGACGACGUGGCCAUGAGCUUCACGGGCGGCGGCGCCGAGUCCAUCCCGGGUGAGCGCAGCGAGUGGUCCGUCAGCCGGCACGGCGCCGACACGCCGUUCCGGCACUGGCGGGUCCUGCGGCGGUAUAUCGCCGGCCUGUGGGAGCGGAACGGCUACGCGGGCCUGGUCAGCUACCGCACCGCGGUUGAGAGGGCGGUGAAGGUUGGUGGGGAGUGGGAGGUUACGCUGCGGCGGGAGGGCGAGGGGAACGAGGAUGAGUGGUGGGUUGAGAGGUUCGAUGCCGUAGUCGUGGCAUCGGGGCACUUCAAUGUCCCAUGGAUCCCUGCUGUCGAAGGGCUGGAGGAGUUUGAGUCGUCCAGACCGGGGAGUGUGCUGCAUAGCAAGAUGUACAGGGGGCGGGAUGGGUUCAAAGGGAAGCGAGUCGUGGUGGUCGGCGCCUCUGUAUCAGGCGCAGACAUCGCAUACGACCUCGCGUCAAGCAAGGUGACGAACGGUGCCGUCCACGCCAUCGUCAUAGGGCACAACUUCAACACCUACUUCGGCGACGAGGCAUUCAACCACCCGCGGAUAAAGAAACAGCCCUCCAUAGCACGCGUCGACGCCCAGACCCGGACGGUCCAUCUCGUAGACGGCACGGCCAUCCCCGACGUCGACCACCUCAUCUUCGGGACCGGGUACAGCUGGAGCCUGCCCUUCCUCCCGCAGGUCCCCACGCGGAACAACCGCGUCCCGGGGCUGUAUCAGCACAUUGUCUGGCAGCAGGACCCUACACUGCUAUUUGUUGGCGCUGUUGGCGCGGGGCUGACGUUCAAGAUCUUCGAGUGGCAGGCUGUAUAUGCGGCGCGGUUGCUAGCGGGGAGGGGAACGCUACCUAGUGUUGAGGAGAUGCAGGCAUGGGAGGCCGCGAGGAUGAAGGAGAAGGGGGAUGGGCCCAAGUUUUUGAUGGUGUAUCCGGACUUUGAGGAGUAUUUUGAGAAGGUGAGAGAGUUAUCUGGGGAGCCGACUAAAGGCUUGGGUAGAAGACUGCCCAAAUACGACAAGACAUGGUUCCAGUUGUUCAUGGAUGGCCAUGAGCUGAGGAAGGCCAUGUGGAAGAGGUUCAAUGAGCAGGCCAGGGCUGAGUUUGAGUCUGGUGGUGAGGACACUGCGGUGGGCAGUCGUCUGUAA